GUUGAAGGGGAAUGGGACUCGCGGGUAGUUCGUUACACUUAGCCGGCCGUGAAUAGAUAACAUGCCGGUUUUUAUAAACGUGGUUUGUUGACUCAUCGGAUAACACAAAAAUAUGGCGAAUUCCAUGUUAAUCAAGUAUUUUCAAAAGGAUGCUACUGAAGAGUUACCGAAUCAACGAAUGUUUUCUCAAAACAUAAUCAAAAUGUGGAAUUGUUCCAGAAAUGUUAUGAUUAUGAAAAUGUCAGGUAGAAUAUUGUUCGACAAUGUCGUCUAAAGUUCAUCCUCUGUCAUCGAAAGGCAGAAAGCAAUCAGUGAUUUCUAAUUUCAUCAAAGGUCUGACAGGGCAGAAAUGCCAAGUGUCUCCGACAAAGCAAAAUGGAGGCAGCGAACUAAAUGGAAAAAACAUGACAAGAAAUAGCAGUAUUUGUCUUUCAGAGUCUACGAAGUCCGAAGAAGAAAGACUAUCUCUCAAUAGGGGAGAAAUUUAUUUCUGGAGGAACUUCGCCUAUGACCUGGAGGGUCGACCUUUUCUCAAAGUCAAUCAUGAUGCAAGCAUGGAAGACACUGGUCACGUUUUGACUCAGGAAUGGAAGUUGGAAACACCAAGAAUUGUUCUGGUGGUUAUGUCCAAUGCCGCCCCAUUAACGAACUGGACGAACACCCGCCAGAUCAAAAAUUUCCAGAAAGGACUCAUUAGAGCUACCAACACGACAGAAAUGUGGAUAUUGACCAAUGGCAUUAACGUUGGAGUAAGUAAAAUCAUCGGAGAUGCAGUUCAAGAAGAGAUCAAUAGAAGGAAUUCUAAAGGUCAUUUCCAGAAGCUUCAUUGUGCUAAGAAAAACCCAAGUUCGAAAAUUGUUUUGAUUGGUGUAGCGAGAGAAGAUUUGUUGAAUCAUGGGGAAUCUUUUGAUGGGAAGAGUCGACGAAUUGAAAUCGAAAACGAAGGUAACAGAGUGGAGGAACAGAAGUUCGAUUUGAAUCCUGAUCAUUCUCAUUUCCUGAUAGUUAAGGACUCGACAAUCAGCAAGACUGGAAUCAACUAUUUUUUAUUAAGAUUGCAACAAUAUCUAGCAACAGCGCUUGAGCAGCCAAGAAAUUCUGCUUCUGCAUACAGAAUUAACCGCUGUACGUUGGGUAUUAUGGAGAUCCCAGUGGUAGCUGUUCUUUUUCAAGGUGGAACUGAUUGUGCUAGAUUGGCAUUAGAUCAUCUUAAGAAGCAUUUGCCUUUAGUUGUAAUGAAAGGAAGUGGUGGAUUAGCCGACAUCCUUGGAUUCGCUUACGGCGAAAUAACUCAAAGGCCUCAGGGUGUUGCAGAUGCUGAGUUUUGUGAAAACUAUCUUAAGCCAGAACUUUCUCGUAAGAUAUCAGACAAAUUUCCUAAGCUGAGAGACAACAGCUUGUCUAGGAAUAUAUUUCGUGAUAGAAUAAUGGAUUGCAUUCGUUACGCUAAGCAAAAUGACCAAGUGUAUUUGACAGUAUUGAACAUAUACGAACAUAGCUGUAAUCUUGAAAAUUUAGGGAAUCAUCUUUUGAGAUCUCUAUUCAAAUCGCAGGUGAUUGAUAACACUAACUGGCAUGCUCAAAUGCAUAAAGACCUUUAUCUGACACUGGAUUGGAACAGCCCUCACGUUGCCAUGUCCGAAGUAUUUUUGAAAGAUCCCUCCAAUAAAUUUAAGAUAGAAAAAGAUGUCUUCGAAGAGGCCAUCUUGAGACCAAAUCGAGAGAGUUUCGUAGACUUGUUUCUGAAUCAAGGUUUUCAAGUUCAUAAGUACCUUACACCUCGUAGACUCAUAUAUCUUUUCAAGAGAAUGAGAUAUCAGGAGUUUUUUCAAACUGUUUGCUGGGAAGGAGCAUUAGGAUAUGGGCCGUUGUCAAAUAUUAACAAGAACUUUAUCGAAACGGAUCUGAAUUGGCUGAUAACAAAAACGACAUCUAUGGAAAAUUUCAUAAGUGCUCAAGAACUAUCUCUGAAUGCAAUGGGCAUGUACAGCUCCGAUCCCAAUGCUGCAGAACGAAAGGCUAAAGUACUUCUAAGUUUUUGGGCUGUUUUUAUUAAUAGAGUAGUACUUGCCAAGACUUUGUGGAAGCAUGCAGAUCAGCCGAUACACCUAGCUCUGGUAUUGUCUAUGAUGACGGAAAGGUUAUCUGUGUUUGUGAAUGAUGCCUCACUUAGAGUGGAAAUGGAAGAAAAUAGCAAUGAAUUCGCUGAUAUAGCAACAGCAUUGCUUGAUGCUUGCUACAUUGAUACGCCUGACAGAGCUUUUGAUGUGCUCAAUGAGGAGAGUCCAGGUUGGGCCUACAAUACUGCCGUGGACAUAGCUGCAGAGGGACACAACCGAAGGUUCCUUUCUCAUAUUUGUUGCCAAAAGUGGCUAACUAGCAUGUUUUUUGGAAAAAUCAAAAUUAGAGAUUUAUCUUGGGGUGCAUUUACAGUUCCUACAAGCAUAAAGGUGCUUUUGUGUGCAUUCUUAAUUUUUCCUAUGUAUGGAUGGACAAUCUUCCAGUCAAAAGAAUGUUCCGUAGACAACGAUAAAGAUAUUGUGGAUUAUGAUUCUGAUGAUGAGAAAGCGCUUAUUGAUAAAUCAAAUGAAGCUUUAAAAAGGUCUGAUAAGCAGUCUGCCUCAGAAAAAUUGAAAGCUGUGAUGUGGAGUCCAUCAAAUUUUCGACGAUAUGUUGUUCAUCAUCCCCCUUUACACAAAAUGAUUUAUCUCAUGUGGAGUGCGCCUAUCACAAAAUUCUGGACAUUUCAGAUGUUCUAUGUAGUAUACUUGGCGUUCUUCAGCUUAGCUGUGAUAUGGCCGUCUUGUGGUAAUCCAACAUUGGACAUGAUUGUUUGUUGUUGGACAUCUCUGCUUGCCCUUGAGUCUGUACAUCCUGCAAUUAGAAUGAGGAAAAAAUUUAAAGCCAAAACAUUUGUUCUUCGAAUAAUGGAAAUCAUUGGCAUGUUCAUAUUUGUCAUUCUCUACCUCAUUGGGAGGUUACUACCUCUUAACAUUAUGGAUCCCUACACCAUCAGAGUUAUAUUGUGUCUUGGCUUAUUGUACUUCUACUAUAGAAUAAUUUCGAUAUACUUACCCAUAUCGCCUACCUUAGGACCAUUAUUGUAUAGAGUAAAAUUAAUGGUGCUGGUAGACUUCAUAAAUUUCAUGCGUAUGACAAUAUUAGUGAUCAUAAGUGGAGGGAUAGUCAUUCACGCAGCUAUGUAUCCAGACUAUCCGUUUAGUGCAGAACUUUUUAGAAGAACCUUUCACAAAGCAUGGUUCUCCUUGUUUAUGACACCCGUCAGUGAUUUGGAUGAGGAAGAUGAAGACUGCCAAAGAGAAAAUAAAGAGAUAUACCACAAUCCAAAUGAAACCUAUUGUAAGGCAAACAGAUUUAAUGACGAACAUUGUCCUACAGUAGGGUUCUGGUCAUAUGUUUUCAACAUUCAGUAUUUUGUCUUGCUAAAACUCAUUCUCAUGACGUUGCUUUAUGCGCUUUUCAGUGCAACUGCAUCCAAGCUGUCAGCAGAAAGCGAUGCAAUCUGGAAAUUCCAAAGAUAUCACCUUGUUGUGGAUUUCUCGAAUCGCUUGAGACUUCCUGCUCCGUUGAAUAUAUUUAGUUACAUUAUCAUCUUCUUCGAGGUCUUUCACAGUCUGUUGCGCCGUCUUUGUUGCUGUGUCGAACAACAGUCUCAAGGCAACGUUAAAUCUGAAGGAAGACGUUUUUCUAUAAAAGAUUACACUUACUGGAAUCAGUUAGCGCAAGAGUACGAUUCAAUCCAAAAAUCGAAAGAAAUGGAAAGGGAUGUACAAGAGAAGCAAAUGGAUAUGAUUCGAAGCCUUAUGGAAGAUUUUGUCUAUCACAAACAGAUGAUGCAAAGUUUGAAAAGCUCUGUACGAGAAUUAGAGAGGCUUAUGAAUUAUUCCCAUGUUCAUUUAGAAAAUAUUCGCCAUCUCGCUAACAGAGAUUCUUCAGUUGUUUCUUCUUGGGAUCCUCUACCUGAUGCCACCAAUCGUAAUCAGCCAUCUGUGAUGAAUAUCCUAUCAAGACGCUCUCCGUAUCCGAACACGAGAGUGCAGCGUUUUCCUGUCUCAGAUAAAUAUGUUCCCUGGGAAGUAAUGUGGAUUUCUUACGAUCCUGUGGCAUUUACUCAACAGCGUCCAGAUUUUCCAGUUCUCUUACAAUCACACGUUGAUGAGGAUAUAUUGUUGUUGCGAGAAAAAAACGGACCUCAACAAGCAUUGCCUGUUUUUGCUUGGAACAGCGUGUCAAUUAAUCCGGCUGGGAUAGGUUUGGACAGACAGUCGUGGAUUAUUGCUAAAGAUGGUUCUACUUUAGUUUAUAAGCUGGAUAGUGAAGGAGUUCCACAAAAUCCAAUGGGUCGAACUGGUUUACGAGGUAGAGGUGCGCUACCACGAUGGGGUCCUAAUCAUUAUAUUCAUAUCAUUUUAACUAGGUUCCAAAAAGCACGAGAAGCAUUUUUGUCCACUAAAGGCUUGGAAUUUGUUGUUUUAUGGACAGAAAAAAGAUAUCAUCUUUCUAUACCUGGGGGCUUUGUGUCAGGUGAGCAUAGGUAUGAAGUCAUCAGAUCAAUGUUUAAAAAUCAAUUUAUUGGAAAUAUUGUCUGGACGGAAUCAAGCGCAGUUAUUAAAUUUUUUAGAGAUUGUAUCAUUCCUCCACCUCCUAAAGUGGAGUUAGCUGAAUCCAAUGAAAGUUUUCCCAGCAUUGCAGAUAGUGAAGAGAAUUUAAAAAUCACACACGAGGUUGUAUACAAAGGCUACAUGGAUGAUCCUUGCAAUACUGAUCACGCCUGGAAAGAAGUUGAACUAUGGCAUAUUCAUUUUGACAUGCCUGAAAAUGUGUCUGAAAAAUUACAGCCUCAAAUGGGAUGGAGAUUGAUAACAGAAGAUGCUUUCUUUAAGCUACCAGCUGGUCAAGCUGUUUUACUGCAAGAUAUUGCCCGGAAAAUGAAAGCAACAAUACUGUGAAUGGUUUUUAAGAUAUUUUCCGAUGAAAGAACCCUCAAACUAUAAUUUAAUUUUAUUUAAUAAAUGCGAAUUGUGAGAGUUUCAAGUUGCGCACACACAAAAUGAACUUUCUUUGAAAGACAAUGAGGACAUUUGUGUUGUCUCAAACACUAAAAUUCGAUUAUUUAUGAUCUGUUUUAAAUUUUGAUCAAAGUAUUUAUUUUCUUAAACCUAGACUAGUUUUUAGUUCUUGUUUGAUUGUGAAAAUUUGUUGAGUAUUGGAGGAAGACGACUUAAAUCCGAUUUUAAAUUAAUAUUCAUAUUUAUAUUGUUAUUAUGCUUCAUUUGUUAUGUUUUAAAACUAAACUAACUAAGCGCUAAACUAACCAUGAGUUCUUCAGAUUAAUUACAAAACUACAACCCAUAAUAAAUGUACAGAGAGUUCCAUAAAUAUUAAUAAAAAUUUUAAGCGGAGGUAAUUACCGUCUCCUAGAAGAAAGAAAGUCACCGCACCACAGUGGGUCAGCAUCCAAGGUUUCGUGGCCGAAAUUAGUAUUUCGAUAAAAUUUGUUUCAAAAUUUGGGGUUUUUUAUUUAGGGGUUUUUAU